CAUUCCAACAUGGUUGACUUUCAAUUUCUUUUUUGUUGACAUUUGACAACGUUAUUUUUGAAUGCUUUUUUCAAACUAUAUCUAAUAUUAUUAUUCGGUUAUUCAAUGCAACGAAAACGAUCAAUUUUUAUUUAGAAAAAUAUGAUGCGCUCUUAAUUGAUUAAGGGCCACUGUUAAAAUUACCUGCUCAAAGUGAGUGAUUGGACAGGUAAACAAAUGCAAGAUCGAUUUUGAAACAGGACACCAUGGCAACACAAAUGAUGUAUUCUCCUAUGCCUGACCACUCAGUUUCUUAUAUGAAUGGAUAUCCUAAUAAUUAUGCCUCUAAAGGAAAUGGGAAAAGCUUUGCAUUUAGAAAAAGAUAUGAAAGAGUGGAUUGGAGAAAGAUUUCCUCUGUUGAUCUUGAUCAUAUCUCAAGGACUCUGGAUUUUAAUGCCUUACAGGAAAACAUUUUAAACAUAACAUUUUGCAAUAUAGAAUCUGAAAUGGAUUUGCGAAUGAUUGACCCAAACUUUGUAAAGCUUUUCAAACUAGCACAGUUAACUAUAGAAUAUUUAUUGCAUUCACAGGAGUAUUUGACAGGUGUUGUAGGUUCUGCUGAAGAGAAAAUCAAAGCUGCUCAAGAGGAAAAUUCCAAAACCAAGGAAGAACUAGAAAAGCAGAAUAAAGAACUUGCUGACGUAAAGAGAGAAAGUCAUAAAAGGAAGAAAUUAUUGAUAGCUCAGCAACAUUUAAUACAUGCUGGAUCAGGAAGUUACAACAAGUGCCAAUUUUGCUCAAAAGCUUUUCUAAAUAGCACAUUUUUACAGUCUCACAUAAUGAGACGCCAUGGGGAGUAUUCUGGGAAAGCAGCAUCUAUACCUGUUGCCCCAGACGACAGACAGAUCAUCGCAGAAUCGCCUGGUUUGAGGGAACUCCAACAGAGAUUGGAGGCUACAGAGGCACAACUACAACAAGAACGCUUGUCUAAAUCAGAGGUCGUUAGGAAGUCUGAAACUACUUUAACGAGGAAUAUCAUCUCUACAGACGACAACCGAACUGAGGAUCAUAAGCAACAGUUAGAAAGAAUGAAAGAUCAGUUUAUGACUGAAAUACGGGAACUGAAUGAAAGACUUCAUGCUGCAGAACUUGCCAAAGAUCAGUUUGACCACAGACAGAGUGGUCGAUCAUUUCUAGGGGACCUUAGGGACGACAAUGAAAUUGAAAAGGAUAACUUAAGAGAUCAAAGAGAACAACUUGCUGUGUUGAAAGAACAAUUACAAGACAAGAUACAGGUUAUGGAAGGAAAAGUGCAUAAGAAAUUUGGUAAAAAAGAAAGAAAUUACCAGAAGACCAUUCAAGAACUAAAUCGACAGCAUGCUGAUGAUCUUAGAAAGUUAAAUGAUGCUCUUCAAAAAACUACCCAUGCUCUUGCUGUCAGUAAAGCACCUCUCAACAAAAGACAACAUGAAGAAAAUGAAGCUUUACUUAGGAGUUCAAGGGAAAUAGAAAUCAAAUUAAGACACAGUGCAGAAGCUGAAACUGUAGAGGAAAUGAUAGCAGCAGAGCAAGAAGUAAUGGCAGCCUCAACUAAAGUGACACAGAUGCAUAUGGAACCUAGUGAUGAUGAGGAUGAAGAAACAGAACUUGGUACUGGAACAGGGACAGGAAGUUUUGGUACAGGGAGACAAUCCAUGAUUAGUACCAUGGGAACUUACAGAAGUGGAGAGAUCACCAUGAGGACACAACAGUUCUUAGAAGAACUACGAAAGAACCCAACACUGAAGGUAAUGAGGGAUGAACUGGUACAACUGUUACAAGAUCAGCUUGAGAAAAUUGGUGUUCCACCUGAAACAAGAGGAUUACCAGAUGACAUCUUAAGGAAUAAACUGCAAAUACUAAGAGGAAGAAGGCAAUCAACUCAGCAGAAAUACCCAGUAUUCCCUGACUUCCGUAGACAGUAUGAUGCAGCAGCAGAAGAACAAGCCAGAGAAAAACUGAAACAAAUGAAGAGAUCACCUCCACCAGCUCCGAGAAGCCAUAUGCCGCCUAGACCUCAUCCUAGUACUUCAUUACCUCGAUCUCAGCCUCAGCAGUCUGGUGGCACAGCUGCAAUGUUUUUGGCAUCUCCAGCUAGAACUCCUGGAACAUCGCCACAGAGACCUACAGCACCUGGAACUUCACCACAGAGACAAACAGUAACUAGUCAGCAACGUACACCUCAACCAGUCCCCAGUCAACAACUUCCUAAGCCAGCUCCUAGAAUGGCUAGUCCACAGAGAACUGGACAGUCAGGUUCUAGUAUUGACUGGACCAGUACACAGUGGGAUUCAGAAGAUGAUGAUGAUGAUGAGAGUGAGAACCAACCAGCAUUCCAGCAAGUAAGACGUGUGCCAUCUAGUCCUGCUCGCCAACCACAACAACAAACACAACCUGUGGCAGCACCAAGGUCACAAGUUAUUAUGUCUAAACCACUUGCGAAUGAUGGUGAUGAUGACUGGGAUGACUCAGAAGAUAUGAGUGAACUAGGUCCAAAAGCAAGUACUGCACCUGUGAGAAGAACUCCUCAGCAACAAAGUUUUGGUAUGUCGACAUCACCUGGUAAGGGUCAAAAGGUUGCAGAAUUAUCAAGAACUAUUGAGCACCAGUUGGCUGGAAGAAAAGAUGGGCAGAAAAGAGCAGGUGCUGUUGACAUCAUGGGAUUAGGUGGUCCAUCUAAAUCUUCUAAACAACCUGAUGUUUUGGAUGAUUUUUCUGAUAGUGACUGGGAUGUUUCUCCAGUUGAAGAUGAAUCUCCCCAAAAGAAACAACAACCAGUGAAGAAGCCAGCAGUGUCAUCUGUGAGAGGUAGUCAUGCAACUGAUACAUCCAAUACGUAUGGUACAAGUGUAUGGGGAUCAUCAUCCAAAGGUGGUAGUACUGUACCAGCUGCAGGAAGUAAAGAAAGAACAUCAUUUGUGAGUGUAACAGACGUCAGCUCCGAUGAAGAACUCAUGAGGGAUAUAGAAAAUAUAUAGUUGAUAUCAAAAUGCAGAAUUAUAUUUAUUUUUCAAUUUAGAAAGAAAAAAUGCUUAAUGUCUUGCAAACUGAAAUUUUAUAACAAGUUUUAGUAUGGAAGUUUUCUUAAGGUCUAAUUUGAAGUAUAGAGGCAUUUAUUUUUGGAUGAUUUUUUAGAGCUCUGAUAACGCUGAAAGAAGUAGAACCGAAAUAAAGAAGUUAUGAGAUAUAUUUUGUGAUAAUGUAGUAUGCAUUUAUUUUGAAGAAAUCAUAUCAAAAUAACUUGACAAGCCUUUGUAAAUUUAUUCAAGAAUAUUGUAAAUAAAAUGAGUUAACACAAGUAAGAUAUUACUUUGAAUUAGAUGUCUAUUUCAUAAAAUGUUCCCAGCAUUGAUAUAUAAAGAAGUACUAUUUGAUAUAACUUUUUAAAUCACUUUGUUGAUGUUCCGUCCAAAAGUUACAAGCAUUUUUAUGUAGCAUAUCAAACUCAAGAUUUUCACCUGAUGAUAUUUUUUAAACUUAUCAAUAAUUGGAUUUACUAUACAUAAAUUAUACAUUUGGUUUUUUGUUGAUUUUACACUCAUUAUAUGUGAUAUUAGUUGUAAACUUUAGAAUUUUAUUGUAAUAUUUAGAGAUGAUACGAUUCUGUUUUUAGCAGAUUUUUUUCAAUUGUAAAUUCAGAUUCCUUUGUUAUACAGUGAUAGGCUUCCAUUACAGUUUUGUGCUUUUUAUUCUUGUGAGCAAAAUCAAUUCUGAAUAUUUCCCCAAAUGAGUUAAUUUUUAGAAUGAGGUAGUAUUCAUGUGUUGCUGUUAAGAAUAAGGAUAAAGAAGUAAUAUUCUGGUUAACUUGGUUUAUUGUUUAUAUUUAGUUAUAUUGUCAUAUUUAGACACAUUAUUUUAAAAUAAAGAUAAUUAUAAUAACACUGUUUUUCCAGUUUUGUUAUUUCCAUUAUAUAUAAUUUACAUGAUAUCCAGUUGAAUUUCCUCUCAGACUUGGGCACCAGCUCACCGUUCAUUUCUGAAAUUUAUUUUAAAGUUCUGUGAAUUUUUGUUAUUUAUUUUUAGCAAACAAACUCAUUGCAACAAAACUAAUUUCUAAACAAUUCCAAUUUAUUUUUCUUUCCACGAAAUAAAUUAAACAAUGUAAAUCAUUUUCAGUAACUUGACUUAAUUAUUUUUAUUCACAUAAGCAUCAAACAAUAAUUUGAUGUGAAUAAGUCAAGCCAUAUUGACAGGUUGCAGGUAUAAAUACGUUAUAAUUGCAUCUUCUACAUCUCAGAUACAAAAAAGGGUUUAUGCUAUUAAAACAAAAAAAUCUUUUAGUUUUGCACAAUGCUAAUAAUUUGACACUCUGAUGAUACUUUUUAUAUUAUUAUUUCAUUUACACACUUUUUGAGCCAGAAGAAAGGUUCUCAACACAAAAAUGUAUCCUAGUUGAAAAGAAAAAUAUCUAGAAAUCCUGUCACUCUGCACUCCAGUCUUAUUUGUUCAUUUGUACAUAGUGGUAACUCAUUCAUUAUUUUCAAAUGUCACAAUGAAAUAAUGUUUCAAAAAGAAAUUGCUAACUCUGUUUUUUCGAGAAAGCAGUAGACUCUGAGACAUUUAACUCAAUUUAGGAGGUAAAUACUUUUAUAUAAUAGAAAAUGUUUCAGAUGUAAGGAAACCGUCCAAUAUCAUUGCAAUUUGAUUUAUAUGUGCUACAUUAUAAUUACUGUGUAGCAUGUGCUAUUUUAGGUAAGGUUGUAAAAUAUUAGCCUAGGAUAUGUUUAGAUUUAUCAUAAUAUACCUAGUGGCAGCAAAGACUUACUUAAAUAUACGUAUUUGAUAUUUAACAAUUGUUUUUAUUGUAUGUUUGUAAAUAAAAGAGAUUGCCUGUAAUAUCUGUGAUAAUAUAAGUCCAGCCAUGUUUUACAACAUGUUUUAUGCAGUUAACUGUUUUGCCUUAUAUAUAGAAAUCGUCCAGAAAUGUAUUUUUAAAAGAGAUUUUUAAAACAUUUUUUUGCUUGUUUCAAAACUUAAUGAUCUAUGAAUGUUAAUUGAAUGAUAAAAGAUUAGACAUUGAAUUAAGUAGUCUUUAUAAAUUUAAGUAGAAAUUCAACUUGGUUAUUUCAAGUGCAAACUACAGAUAUGAUUUAAUACAGGUUCUUCAUUAUUGUUUAAAAAAAAUCUUGUGAACUGCAAAGCUAUCAAGAAUGGACAAAUCAUAAUAUAUUAAACUAUCAGGACGUUUAUUUUUCUUUGGAAUUUAUCACAUUUUAUCAUCCCUUCUUUGAAAUUAUUUGAAAACUUGUGAAACGCAAUGUCUUAACUGUAAAUUCUUUACAAGAAAUCUGAUUUGUUCAAACAUUGAGAAUGAAGAACCACUACUUAAAUUCUAUUGGAGUAUAUGUCAAGUUUUUCAUCUGAGCCAUAAAAUUAAUAAUAACUAUGAAAUUUAUGAUUAAUGUGGCCAAAUGGCCAGAUACUGACUUUCUGGAAAACUUAUAUGCAGUCACAAAGAUUCUACAUAUUUAGAUUUUGUUUUUGAGGUUUUGGCUUAUGAUUUUCACAAGUUCAAGCAAAAUAAUAAGUGCAGUUAGAUAGAAACUAUACAGAAGAAUUUGUUCUUACAGUUAAAUCUAUGACAGCAAAUUUAUUUUUACAUCAAAGGCUAGAUCUACUUUAUAUUCUUUUAAAAUCAUUUACUUAAAUCAAAUAAAUAAAACUUGAUUGAGGUCUGUAGAUAUCUUAGCUUUUUUUGCCACUCUCACUAAUUUAUGCAUGAAUUACUAUAUUUUAUGUGUAUUUAAUGUGAAAUGUUUAAAUAUUUAUAUUAUUACUGUACAGUGAAUUGUAAAUACAACGUAUUUAUAAUAAAUUAUUUACUGAUGA